CCAAUCAAACUAACGACUCUAUCGCUUUCCGCCCACCGGCCCGUCGUUAUCCGGUAUUUAAACAGCCAAACUACACUAGAAUUCUCAUAGAUUGCGACCUCCAUUUUUUUUUUUUUUUUGAAGUAAUUCGUUUUUCAUUCUCCUUCUUCAAGAUGUAUGGAGAAGGAGAAGCGAGAUCUGCUGCGAGGCUGAUAUACGAGCCGCUGCACUCGCCGGGUGUGUAUGUUUCGUUUUACAACCAGCGGAUUCAGUUAGCAGACCUUAUACUUUCCUGUGAAGUGGAGGAAGAUGAUCAUGUUGAUCAAGAUGAGGUCGUUUUUGUGGAGGAUGACGAACAUGGCGGUGCUUACGCAGAGGCGCGAUACGAUGGUAUUCAAGAUUUGCGGAGGAGGAGAGACAAUGAAAACGAGUCGUGUUGUGUGGUGGCCGUCUUUGCAAGGGCUUUUUCUUGGUCUACAAACGCCGUGCUUGCCAUGCUCGCAUGUAUAGUACUUUAGGAAUAAACAGAUAGUUGAGCU